AAUCAUCAGACAUACGUGAAAAAUAGUUUUUGUAAAAUUUUAAUAUUUUCAUAAGCUAGCUUAGACCCUAGCUGCUUAAGAGGGUUUAAAUAGAAAUUCGUCUAUAAUCGUUGCUUGUAGCUCCCAAUAAAUCUAGUGAAAUGGCUGCUGGGUCAAUGUUGCAAAAAGCGAUCGAUAUUGUCACGAAGGCUACUGAAGAGGAUCGUAACAAAAAUUAUGAGGAAGCGCUACGGUUGUACGAACACGGUGUAGAAUGUUUUCUGCAUGCCAUUAAAUACGAAGCGCAAGGUGAUAAGGCGAAGGAUUCUAUACGAGCAAAGUGUUUGCAAUAUUUAGACCGGGCGGAGAAGUUAAAGGCCUACUUAAAGAAAGGAAAGAAGAAGCCCGUUAAAGACGGAGGAAGCAGUUCUAAAGACGAAAAAGGUGGUAAAAGUAAGGAUGGAGACAGUUCUGAUUCCGAUUCUGAUGAUCCAGAGAAGAAAAAGCUUCAAGCUAAAUUGGAGGGAGCUAUUGUGGUUGAAAAACCACAUGUGAAAUGGUCCGAUGUGGCUGGACUGGAAGGAGCAAAGGAAGCACUUAAAGAAGCUGUUAUUUUACCAAUUAAAUUUCCACACCUAUUCACAGGAAAACGAAUUCCGUGGAAAGGUAUAUUGCUGUUUGGGCCACCCGGAACUGGCAAAUCGUAUUUGGCAAAAGCGGUUGCCACCGAAGCCAAUAAUUCGACCUUUUUUUCUGUGUCCAGUUCAGAUUUAGUAUCGAAGUGGCUCGGUGAGUCGGAAAAGCUGGUUAAAAAUCUUUUCGAGCUGGCUCGCACUCACAAGCCGAGCAUAAUCUUUAUUGACGAGGUGGAUUCGCUGUGCUCUUCUCGAUCGGACAAUGAAAGUGAAAGUGCCCGACGCAUCAAGACCGAGUUUCUGGUCCAGAUGCAAGGUGUUGGCAGUGAUAAUGAUGGAAUUCUCGUUCUCGGCGCCACCAACACUCCGUGGAUUUUGGAUUCGGCCAUUAGACGACGUUUUGAAAAGCGUAUUUAUAUCCCACUACCGGAAGAGCAUGCUCGCUUGGUUAUGUUUAAAAUUCAUUUGGGAAACACAUCGCAUUGUCUAACGGAAGAGAAUCUGCGCACGUUGGCAAGUAAAACGGACGGGUAUUCCGGAGCGGAUAUCUCCAUAGUGGUUCGAGAUGCCUUGAUGCAACCGGUGCGAAAAGUACAAUCGGCAACACAUUUCAAAAAAAUUACAGGUCCGUCCCCAAUCGAUAAGGAAACGAUUUGCAACGACCUGCUAGUUCCGUGUAGCCCAGGAGAUUCGGGUGCGAUUGAGAUGACUUGGAUGGAGGUGCCUAGCGAUAAACUUUCUGUUCCCCCGGUAACGAUGAGCGACAUCCUGAAGUCGUUAAGCAGCACCAAACCAACCGUGAACGAAGAAGACAUGAAGAAGCUUGAUAAGUUUACAGAAGACUUUGGUCAGGAAGGCUAAAAGUAGAUCUGAAAAAUUGAUCCAACUAUGUUGCCUUGGUCCAUGUAUUUUCCCUUCUGUCGUACAGCUCUGUUUGCAUUAUUCCCAUUUCGGGAUCUUAAAAAUAAUGCAAAACUAAAUUUUAUAAUAAAUUCUAUACGCAAGCGAUUGCCUAUACCUUAAUAGAAUUUCUUAUGACUUAUGCAAUGCUCCAAUGAAAAUGUGACAAUUGAUUGAAGUCUUUUAUUGUGGAAUGAAAAUCAUAGUUAUCGGAAUCAAUCGUGGGGCACAUUGGAUUUUUUUUGUUAUUUGGAACAACCCAAUAUUAGCAUACUCUGGAGCAGUUACAAAAUCAAUUGAUUCUCUAGGUUAAAAAGCGAGUAUUUAAUCUAUAUCUACAUGUGCUGUUAGUUGGACAAAUAUAUUAAAAAGAACUUCUUGCGUCGGAUUCAUGAUUUAGAAAGAUAAAAAAUAUAUUGUU